AUGGAGCCUAAGCUCGAUCUUGCUCCGACAGUGCAUCGCCACCGCAUUGCACACUCGAGCGUCGAAUGCUGCGAUUAUAAGCGUUUUGAGGGUAGGCCAUUUGAAUGGGCCCAUCCCAGUGAAUAUGGAGAUACCCUCAACUAUAUACACCGAUUCAUCUCGAAACCAGAGGAUCUCGAUGAAACUGACAAAAUUGCCGCAAACGUUAUUGAAAAACUCAUGAAAAACGAAGUUCCGGAGCAUGUACGACAACAAUACUUUGACAACAAGAAAUGGAUCGAGAACGCAGCAGCUAAUCAUCUUGUUGUCGGAAGUCAAGCGAGAAUACUCUAUUCUGAUCAAGAGGGGCGAAUUGCUAUUGCUCUCGCAUUCAACGAUGCUGUUCGAGACGGAAGAGUUACAGUGAGUUCAAGUUCUUCAAAUCAAAUGAUGUCCAUCAGUUAG